GCAUGUGGGGGAAUUGGGCAUCGAUAAGACCCCUGUUCUUCCUUCGGCCCCCCGCCCCUUUCAUUGGCGUCCUUGUCUGUGGAGUCUCUCUCAGGCCAAGAGGAGGGAGGGCCGUCUUCCCCAGUAAGCCCAAAGACCGUUCCCCAAGUUACGCCGGUGUGUAAGGCAUGGCUAGCAAGAGAAUUCAGAAGGAACUUCUGGAUCUGCAGAGAGAUCCCCCUGUAUCUUGCAGUGCUGGACCUGUCGGGGAGGACCUUUUUCAUUGGCAGGCCACAAUCAUGGGCCCCUCAGACAGUCCAUACGCGGGUGGGGUUUUCUUUGUCAUGAUCCAUUUCCCACCAGAUUAUCCUUUUAAGCCUCCCAAGGUCAACUUCCAAACAAAGGUUUACCACCCAAACAUCAACUCGAACGGCAGUAUCUGCCUGGAUAUUCUGAAGGAACAGUGGAGCCCUGCCUUGACCAUUUCAAAGGUCCUGCUUUCCAUUUGUUCUCUUCUCACGGAUCCCAAUCCUGAUGAUCCUCUUGUCCCUGAGAUUGCUCACAUCUACAAGAACCAGAGGACACGUUAUGAAGAAACUGCAAGAGCGUGGACCCAGAAGUAUGCCAUGAACUGAGCAGAAAGCUCAGAAACACUUCUCCUUGGUCUGUAACUCGAGAGGUAGAGGGAAACAGUCAGGGACUGUAAUGUUUACUCAAGACCGUUUGUGGGUUUCUAUAACUGUGACCUGUCAUUGAACCAUGACAUAUUUGCAUGUAUUAUAUCAUGAAGUAUCGGGUUUAAUCAAUGGUUAGUCCUGAUGGCUUUAGACCUCA